AUGUUGGUGCCAUCAUUACCCUUCGACCUUCGCAGCAUCGACAGCCAGAUCCUCUUCUCCAACUGGGAGAUGGCUCCCACCCUGAGGAAAUCGUCAGGUCAGUCCACUCCCCAGAAGGCCCAGCACCUCGUGGUCCUCGUCCACGGCCUCUGGGGAAAUCCCGGCCAUCUCAACUACAUCGCGGACGCUCUUCGGGAACGUUACAGCGGGGAGGAGCUCAUUGUCCUGGCCUGCCGCAGAAAUCUAGGCAGCCUUACCUACGACGGCGUGAAUGUGGGUGGAGAAAGGGUUGCUAAAGAAAUUGAAACCGCUGUGGAAGAACUAGAGCGCGAUGGACACAGAAUUACUCGUUUUUCAAUCAUCGGAUACUCUCUUGGAGGUCUCGUUGCUCGCUACGCCAUUGGACUGCUCUACCACAAGGGCUAUUUUGAGAAGAUGACCCCGGUCAAUUUUACAACUUUUGUCACACCUCAUCUCGGUGUGCGCACUCCCUUGACUGGAUAUCAGAAUCAUCUCUGGAAUGUAGGAGGCGCCAGACUCCUCUCGCGAUCGGGCCGACAAUUAUUCCUGAUUGAUACCUUUGGCCGUACUGGCAGGCCACUCCUGAGCGUCCUCGCAGACCCAGACAGCAUUUUCAUCCAUGCGCUUGCUCGAUUUCAGCAUCGCACACUGUACACCAACAUUGUCAAUGAUCGGUCCGCCGUGUAUUACACGACCGGAAUCUCAAGGCAUGAUCCAUUUGUCGACUUGACAAAGGUCAACCUACAUUAUGUCAAAGGCUACGAACCCGUGAUACUGGACCCCGAUCAUCCAUGCGAUCUGAUACCUCAGGACGAGGUGCCGUCCUUUUAUCAGAGAUUUUGCAUGCAUAGCCACCACUAUCUGCGUCGCGCGCCAAUAUUGCUUGCGUUGGUGGUCCUUCUCCCUGUCGUCUUCGUGGCGUUUGUGGUGAAUUCAGGCAUCCAGACACUGCGCAGCCGGCGGAGAAUCAUGCUUCAUGAGGCCGAUCAUCACGGUGAAGGGUUCGGACUGUAUAGAAUCCCUUGGAUGGUCCAGGAUAUGCGUGUUGGUCUCGAGGAUGCUUUCGAGAACGUGAAUGCUUCUCAAGAACAAGAGUAUCUACCAGAGGGCUCGGAGGAGAUAGCAGAUGCAAUAGUAGAGGAUCCUGUUUCGUCUACCAUGGCCUUUGCGAAGACCUCGUCUGAAUCAUUGCUGUCUGAGAAAUCAGACAACGAUGAGCCAUUCCCCUCUGAAAGGCCGUCCAGUUUCCCGACCUUAGCACUGACCACGGCCCAAUUUGCCAUGAUCAAGGCGCUGGAUGAUGUGGGAUUCCGCAAGUUUCCUGUUUACAUCCACAAAAGCACCCACAGCCAUGCAGCGAUCAUUGUGCGUGUCUCGAAACCUGCAUUUGAAGAGGGCAAACUGGUGGUCAAGCACUGGUUAGACAACGAGUUCCACAUCUAG